AUGGCUGACAUUUUACCAUACUCAAAUCGAUCCGUUGUGUGGGCAGGCGUCAGAAAACUCGAAAUUCGACAGCAACCCAUCCGAGUACCGAACGACGACGAGGUUCUGGUCGAAGUUAUCACCACUGGUAUUUGCGGGUCGGAUUGCCACAACUGGGACAGUGCCAAUGUCUCCCGUGAACUGAUCCUGGGCCACGAGUCGGCAGGUCUCAUCAAGACCAUCGGAAAGAAUGUCACAGACAGAUUUGUCGGCCAGCGCGUGGCAAUCGAGCCCGGAUUCUCAUGCAGGGAUCAGUACUUCACCUGCCGGGCUUCUAACACGGUUGCCAUUCCUGAAGAUGUUUCUUGGGAGGAGGCAGGCUCGAUCCAGCCGCUAGCGAUUGCGGUUCAGGUUGCGAGAAGGGCAUCGCUGAAUCCGAGUCAAAGCCUGGCUAUUUUUGGAUGCGGACCUCUUGGUCUCCUCAUUCUAGCUGUGGCGAAGGCAUAUGGCGUCAAGAAGAUCGUUAUGUUCGACAUUGAAGAGUCUCGAACGAGAUUUGCCGAGUCCUAUGGAGCUGAUGUCGGAAUUGUCACGCCAAGAAAUAGCGACCCUUCUCAAGAUGUCCUGUCCUUCUCUCAACAUUACGCCAGGGAGGUCAUCACCAAGUACGGCUUGGGAUACGGCUUUGAUGUUGCCAUCGAGGCUAGUGGCGCUGAGAUAUGCUCUACGAUGGCAAUUUGCAUGCUAAAAGCAGGCGGAACAUGUAUACAGGCGGGCCUGGGAAGGCCGAUGGCAUCGUUGCCCCUUUUCUUGAUUACAGCCAAUGAACUUGACGUAAAGGGAACCGUUCGGUAUACUCAUGGGUGCUUCGAGGAUGCCAUUAGUCUGUUAUCUACGAAAAAGGUUGACCUCAAACCGCUGAUCACGUCCACGUAUCCCUUGACCCAGGCAAACGAGGCAUUUGAGGCACAGCACGCCAGAAGGGACAUUAAGAUAGUUAUUUUCAACCAGAUGUAA